UUAAAUUCUCCUUACCCUAUCUGUUAUUCGUACAGCAAGUUUGCAAGCAGUGGCGUAUAGCCAAAUUACCCGUAUCGACAAAAGUUACAAGGGGCGAUUGAUCAAUUUUCUGUCGUUUUCAUGCUUGAGUGCAGAUUUAUUACGUCUUUGAAAUAUAAUUCAAAAAUCGUUUUGUUUGGAUUCAACCAUGUAAAUAUGACCCCAUUUGAUGUAAGAUGGCGACGGUUAUUGAGCUUGGAUUCGAAGCCUUCUGUCAGCGAUUUUAUCGUCUGCCGACAGUUCUGAAGAGAUAGACACGAUUUGUUGACUUCAUCAAAUCAGAAAAUCUUUAAUUUGUUGUUCCUCACAUAUGUUACGGUUUGGUUGCGAAAAGUAGGAAGUGAGCCUCAUCCCAAAUCGGAACAUAACAAAGGAUCGUUUAGAACUUCACUGUGCGUGUAGCCAAUUUUGAUGAACCUUGCCAGUGAGUGUAUUCGGAAGGCAUUCAAUUCUGCUCUGGAGUAUUUUUAAAAGCCAGGAUGCUUACGCUUGCUUUUGGCGACGAGUACAAAGCAAUGUGAUUAUAAGUGGUGUGGAAAUAUAAGCUAUGCAUGCCGGUAGCAACUGGUUGUGAUCGCCGGGCAUAAUGGUGAAGGAUAGUGAUUCGUGCCUCGCCAAUCCCAAGUACACGCAGUGGAUCCUGGAUGCCAUCUCUAAGAUAAAAAAGCAGAAGCAGAGGCCGUCGCAGGAUCGCAUCUGCCAUGUCGUCCACGCCAGUAGGGGACUGAGCGAGGCGCACGUGCUGGAACAACUGGAUCUCAGCGUCAAGGAUGGCAACAUUGCCAAAGUGAUCAAUAAAGGGAUCGCGUCCUACCGCGAUGGGGACGCGCGGAGCGCCAUGAAGCGGCGCGGCCCCGCGGCGGCCACCACGGUCGCCAACCGGAACUCUAACAUGCUCAAGUUGAUGCACAACGCCAUCGUGAGUCUGGGCGACAGCGGCUCGACCCUGAAGAGCAUUGAGCGGUUCAUUCGGCAAUCGCACGCCGACAUCAAUCACGGCGAGCUCACGUCGCAGUUGAGGCUCGCGGCCAAAAAAGGUGCCGGGAACGGCAAACUUUUGAAGGAUGGGCGCAUUUACAAAGUACCUAAGGCACUCGGUGGAGGCACGCGCUCAAGAGAGACGGCUGGUGGCAGUUCAUCAGUCAAAUCAAAGGAUGAUCGGCCCGUCGCCCCUCCCAUGGCUGUGUGUAGUUGUUGCCAGGGAACGGCUGAGUGUAACCGGGAGGGCAAGCCGGAACCGCUGCUGUCGUGCGUCGAUUGUGGGAACAGCGCACACCCAUCCUGUCUGCAGUACUCGGCCGUACUGACUGAGAGAGUUCGUCAGAUCUACUGGCAGUGUGCCACUUGUAAAACAUGUGCAAUCUGUGACAAGCGGGGAGAUCAGGAGCUGAUUUCAUGUGCGUGGUGUGGCAGAGGACACCACCUGGGCUGUGUCAGACCACAACUCAAACGAGUACCCAAAGGACCCUGGAAGUGCAAGCUUUGCAAAACUGGAAAGUGGCAAUCCUUGAAGACGUCAUCGUCCUCUUCUUCAACUGCAGCCUCCUCGGGCCUGAAGAGGAGCUACCAGACCAAGCUGGGCAAGUCCAACAAACUGAAGCUCCAGUCGGUCAAAUCGGCACCCCGCAGAACAGGCUGUCCGUUUCGGGGGUGCAAUGGAACGGGUAACACCAACGGCAAAUCCAAGCUGCACAAGACGCUUUUUGAGUGCCCAAGAUGUCCCCCAGGUAAGCGGCCCCCUAAGCCAGGCAACCGCCGGCUUGGCACCUAUUCCUCAACCUCAACGGGGAAGGGCACGGCCCACACCCCCAAAUCCCCAAAUAAAUCCCACUCCAACCCUAGCACCCAAGAUCAAGGGGGGUCUGAGGCACCCGACUCGCCCAGUACACCCCUCUUAGAGCCGGAUCAGCCCCCUACGCUGAACCUGCCGCACUACUACGAUCCCAAGUAUAAGCCGCGAGGAUUGGUCGACGGUCUGAGCCGAUUCUUCACCCCGACCAAUCGGCGGAAGUCUCGGAGCUCGUCCCUGUCCAGCAUGGGCUUCUACCCGAUCAGUCCCCCGCCCAAGCCCCGCCCGGUGCAGAAAUCCAACAGUGACCCCACCCCACCGGCGCCCAAACCCAGCGGAGGGGUCAAACCGGCCGCAGUUGAAACCAAAGAGAAAGUCGCCACCACCAGUGCUCCAGUUCAGGAGGACACUUUUAGGAGUGUGGGAAAGCAGAGGUCGUGCCCGUCGCCCCUGACGGGGACCGGCAGCGCUGCGCCUCCGCAACUCCAAUCGCAACAGACCACCCAAGCAGCUGACGACAAGUCGCACUCAAACUCCUCCUCGCCGCACUCGCAGAUCAUGCGUACGGGUAGCUCGCAGCUGAAGAGCCUGUUUGACGGCCUGUCCCACCUGUACGCGGCCCCGACGGAACCCCGGAAACGCGGACUCUACGGCUUCCCGCCCAUCUACAGCCCGCAGAGGAGACCGCGGAAAGCCCCCAGCGCAGACAAGGUCUCCCCGAACGGGAACAACAAAAAGGGCGGAUCCUUAAAACUGCGCGGAGGUCUGUCGGCCAGUGCGUCGAAGAUCGUCAAAAAGGCGCGAGCGAUGGGAUCCAAGAAAUCACGGCCCGUAACUUCGAAGACGGCGUCCGCCCAGAGGCAAGUGGCUGUGAAGAAGCGGCCUGCGCAAUCGGGAACGUCGACUCCGACGGAUAGUGUGGCGUCGUCCAAGCCGUCGACGAGCACCAAGAAGUCGAGUAAACCACCAUCUGAGUCGUCAACCACAGCGGCCGUGUCCCCGCCCCCGCCACAGAAGCCCGCCCUCCCCCGCGGCGUCACGGAGCACGACGUGGACAUGUUCAGGCUAGCCCAAGAGCGCGCCAUGACGGUAAUUAUGUCAGACUACACCAAACAAGCCACAUCGGGUACAUGCAGCACGGAACCCCAGCAGAUUGAUCACCAAACGCGGUCACCGAGCUGCAUCGAGUUUGGCCGGUAUCACCUACAGACAUGGUACUCAUCACCUUACCCUCAGGAAUAUGCCAGGUUACCAAAGCUUUUCUUGUGCGAGUUUUGUCUAAAGUACAUGAAGAGCAGAAGUAUUCUUAUCCGACACCUGACCAAAUGUGGGUGGUUUCACCCUCCGGCCAACGAGAUCUACCGCCACAACGACCUGUCCGUCUUUGAGGUGGACGGCAACGUCAGUAAGAUCUACUGUCAGAAUCUCUGCCUCCUGGCCAAGUUGUUUCUGGACCACAAGACCCUGUACUACGACGUGGAACCAUUUCUCUUCUACGUCCUGACCAAAAAUGACGCCAAAGGAUGUCACAUAGUUGGCUACUUUUCCAAAGAAAAGCACUGCCAGCAGAGAUACAACGUCUCCUGCAUCAUGACGUUGCCCAUGUACCAACGGAAAGGAUACGGCCGAUUCCUGAUAGAUUUCAGCUACCUGUUAUCCAGACAAGAGGGCCAACCAGGCACCCCGGAGAAACCUCUGUCGGACCUGGGGAGGGUCAGUUACAACUCCUACUGGCGCAGCGUCAUACUGGAAUUCCUGGGCCGGAACGGGGAGAACCGAAGAAUCACCAUCAAGAGUAUCAGCCGAGCUACUGGUAUGUGUCCGCACGACAUCGCGUCCACCCUGCAGUCACUCAGGAUGAUAGGCAAGAAGGACGACAGGGUCGUGUUGAAGUUACGCCACAAAGUCAUCAACGAUCACAAGGCCAAGGUGGCGAGGAGUUGUCGGAUCGAGCUGGACGAGGACUGCCUGAGGUGGACGCCGUUGGUGGUCAGCGGUAUGGCCAUCAUGGAGGAAGAGAAGGAGGUCAAACGAGAGGUUGCGAUGAUGGGAGCCCUCGUCAACGACAUUGACGAAGAGAGACGACGUCUAGAUUUCUCCCCAAAACUAUCGCCCAAGAAAGCCUUGAUGCAGACCCCAUCGCCAAGCCUCAAGUCCCCGCUCAAGGGCAGCCUGAACGUAGCCGCGCUCAAGACGUCCGACCCCUCCCACUUGAAAUCCACCUUGGCCCUGCCCCCGAAGUCGCCCCCUCCCAAGACGCCCCCCUCGUUCAAAACCAAAUUCAAGAAGACGUCGAAGUUGAAGGUGGCGAAGCGCAAGAAGUCGACGUCCACCUCGUCCGACAAGUCCUUGAAGUCAUCGGGGAGAAUCAGCUCCUCGAAGAAGUACAAAAAGAAUCAAGAAACUCCCGGCAAGUCCUCGACGGGAACUGAGAAAUCGCCGAAGAAGAAAUCCACGAAGGUCAAGUUCCACAAGGUCAAGUCAAAGGGGAAGUCGGCCAAGUCCAAGUCGAAGACGACCGAUUCCGAAAAGCCCCUCUCGACGUCCAAAGAUGCGUCGCCGGGGAAGACCAAACUGAAGGUGUAUCGGAAGUCGCGGUCGAAGACGCUUCUUAAAGCCCAUCGAAGGAGGAGAGGCCUGAAGGAUGACGUGCUCUCCGACAGCGAUGAGGGUGUCACUCUCACUAAACCAAAGCCUCUAACAAGGGAACGGACAACCGCUGAGAGUUUAGCCGACAGUUGCGAUAUACCACCGCCCGAGCUUACCAAGGAAAAGGUGUACCUGAGGCGGAAGUACGGCGGAAAGCGUCGACGGCGGAUACCCGUGUUGGAGUCCAUCAACACCGAUCCGCUCACGAGAGAGCCCGAGCCAAAGAGACUGAGAAGACAUGAGUCGCCGGCGGCGAGCGAGACAGAACCGAGCAAGAAAACCAAAGAGACGUCACUGACGAAAUAUAAAAUUGACGGGAGAAAGACGUACAAGAAACGCCAAAGGCGGAAAGUUGAACCCAACGGCAGCUUUGAUUCGGAGGACGACUUUGUCCUGCCAGCGAGCACAGCUGCCGGUAAACUCAAGAGUAACAACAACAACGAAGAGCCGAAGCCCGUCACCAGAAAGUACACCAAACGGAGCAAAACUGCACCAACCAAAGCCAGUAAAACCCAACCUCCGUUGCCAAAAAACGAAGAGCCCGUGACCCCCGCCUCUGGAAAACGUGGGUGGCCUAAGGGGGUCAAGAGGGGCUCAGCAGACACUAAAAACAGGCCACUCCAGCGACGCAAGAAGAAAAAGCAGCGUGGCUGGCCCUGGAAGGGCAAGAAGCGGCGGGUGCCACAGCAUCCGGAGUCGGACGGUAACGACGCGGACGACUCAAACCAAUCAGAUCAGGACGACGAUGGUAAUAGUACUGCGGCAUCUUCUAGAAGCUCUGCGUCCACUGGAGAGUCCUUAACGUUAUACAUGCUGCCGCAGACGGCCGCACGCUGCAAAGACGGCAACUGCAGCACCGAUGAUGAUGAGGAUGACAACAUGGACGACUGUGAACAAGUUAACGGCUGUGAGGAGGCGACAAGCCCCUGUGAGGUCCUACGUGGGGGUCUUGCACCCAAGGAGGACAGCCUCGUGGUCAAAGUGACCCCAAUCAUAACUCUCAGUGAUUCGGACUCGGACCUCGACAAGGAGUUACCCACCAAUCACGUGGUCGACAAGCCAAAGGAUCAUCCCCCCAAGAGUAAAGAGUUGGACUCGGACUCGGACUUGUCCGACGGGCCGGACAGCGAAGACCAGUUUGAAAGCAAUACUAUCAAUAACUUCAAAACGGGGUCGGAGAAUGAUCUCGACGGAUACAAGUUUGGAGAACGGAAAGCUGAUUCUCAUGAUGAGAAUCGUGAUGAGCCCGAGAUCAGUGUCUUCUCUGAUGAAGAUAGUGACGAUCAGUGCCAAGACAAUGAAUCAAAUAAGUUUGCCCUGAGGAGGAAUUCUGAGGAUGAACAACACUCCUCUGCUGAAACAUUACAAACCAAGGUCAAGGAAAACAGUGACAGUGAGGAGGAAAAUAAUGUCAAGCCCUCUGAGGAAUCCAAGAAUGAAAGAAUACACGAAGAGAGUCGAGAGAUUGAUCCUAAGAGCGAUCACGAGAAUGACAACGUCGUCGAGUGUCUUUCAGAAGAUGAGGUUUACCAGAGCAAAGACAGUGUCUCCGAUAAGGAAGAUUCCACCAGCUGCAGAAAGCAAGAUGAAGCCACACUCAUGGAGACGGCCGAAGCCGUGGAAUCAAUCAUGGAUGUGAGCAUGGUGCAGGACGAGGCAACGGAGGCAGUCAUGCGGUCCUAUGAGCAAUUUGAGGCAGAGAAUCCGCUUCCAGACGAUGAGCAUCCAGACGUAGUGGAUAAAUAUCUCAGCCGCGAUGAGGACGAGGAGCAGACAGUGGAGCCCGAAGAGCCCCCUGUGGAACAGGAGCAGCCAGCUGUUGAGAGGCAACCUGUGGUUGGAGAAGAAGUACUAGCGAGACAGCAACUUAACGAAGAGGAGCGUGUGGAAGACUCGUGUCCGGGGAUUCCCGCCAAUGAUUCCCUGCAUCACGAUUCUCCUGAACCAUGUUCUGUAUUUACGGACCUACAGUCACCAGACUCUCUACCCAUUGAGCCACUCCCUAUGCAGGAUCACAGAGAUGCUGUUCCUCCAGAAGCUCUGGUCCAGAAACCGGUUCCAGAUACUGUUGGACGGCAAGAUGACGUCGACACCCAGGAAUCCUUGUUGGCAACAAUGCAACAGGAUGUUGCGGGUAGCGUGGAAAGUCGCACAGGAGCACAAGAUUCGGGUGAAAUAAUGAGCAUGGCAAGUAGGACUAACGAAACAGAUUUGAGCAAUGAGCCACCCUAUGGCAGUAUUCCGAUGGAGACGGAGUGCUCGGCACGUGGACCGUCUGCCGUGCAAGAUCUUCAAAGCGAUGCAGUGAUGCCAAGACAGUUGUCAUGCGAGCAGCUGGAAUCUCUUCAACAUGAGCUGCCUUCUUGCAGACAUGUGCAGAUGCCGUACCGCAAUACCUGCAUGCAGAUUGCAGAGAUACCCUGCGACCUGGAGCAAAACGAGAUGAUUGGUGGCAGCGGCGGGAUUGGGAAUCAGGUCAUGGGAGCUCCCAACAUGGGCGCCUCACAGAUGACCGGUCAACCGGGUUUGAAUCAGCAGCCUGUGUGCAGUCCGGGCAUGAGUAGCAACAGCUCUCAGGUUUGCAGCCCCGGUAUGGUAAACCAACAACAGCAGCAGCAGCAGCAGCAGCAGCAAGUUUGCAGUCCUAACAUGAUUGCCAGUCCACAGAUGUGCAGCUCCAAUGUCAGUCCGCAACAGCAGAUGCAGCCUACCAUGAGCCCGCAGAUGCCCAGCCCACAUCAAGUCAACAGCAUGAACAGCCCACAGAUGAACGUCAGUCCACAGAUGUCGUCUGUUAGUCCACAUCCUGUCGGCAACAUGAACAGUCCGCAGAUGAACAGCAUGCAGAGUCCGACGGUCUGCAGUCCGGCUGUUAACAGUGCGCAGGUUCUCAGCCCGGCGAUGGGCAACGUCCAGGCGUGCAGUACCAGCCUCAACAACACACGGGUGCGUAGUCCGGUGUUGAAUAACCCCUCGCGCAGCCCGGCUGUCAAUAACGUCCAAGUGUGUAGCCCAGCCAUGAGCAACGCUGUUUGUAGCCCAGCGAUGAGUAACUCUGUUUGCAGCCCCGUGAUGGCACCAAGUAAUAGCGUCUGUAGCCCUGGGAUGACUAACGCUCAGGUUUGCAGUCCCAACAUGGGGAAUUCCCAGAGUGUGUGCAGCAGCCCCCAGCUGAACGGAGUUCCUAUCAACAAUCAGGCCUGCAGUCCGCAGAUGGGUAGUCCGCAGGUGUGCUCCCCAGGUAUGGCUGCGCAGCAGGUGUCCUGCAUGCAGGCCAACGUGGUGAAUUCGCCCACGCGUCGCAACAGCAGCAAAUCCAAUAUCAGGUAUGGGACCCAAGCGUCCCGGCGGAAGGCGACCAGUUGCAACAUUGCUAAGCUGCAGAAGAUGACCAACGAUAUAUCCAUGCCAAAUGCAUCCAUGACAGUACCGAGGUCCCCGAAACCCACGGCCAACCUCACCCCGCCCCAGAACGCCACGCCCCCGUUAAUACCCACCACCACCCCGCCGCCACCGCUGCUGCAGAGGAAACGCACGCCGCCCACGCCAAGCACCCCACCCAUGCAGGCCAAGAGAGUCGCUGCCGAGAUGCAGCCUCCGCAAGUGGCAGCCUGGCCGCGGAUGCAGCAGCAACAGAUGCAGCACCAACAGCAACACCAGCAGCAGCAGCAGCAGCAGCAGCAACACCAGCAGCAGAUGCAGUUGCAGCAGAUGAGCAAUCAGAUGAACGAGCCGAUGGCUGCGCACCGAAGCAUCCCGAUGGACACUCAGAUGCAGCAUCAGAUCCAAAUCCAACGGUUCGGCUACCCCCACCACCAGCAGCAGUACCCCCAACAGUACCAACUUCAUCAUCAGCAACAGCAGCAGCAGCAUCAGCAACAGCUCCACCAACUGCAACAUCAGCAGCAUCCGCAGAUGCCCAACCAGAACAUGUCCAAUCAUCCCGCGCACCUUGCCACCACUCCCACCCACCUCCCCACCGCUCCCACCCACAACAACCCAGCAUCCCCGCACUGCAACAUGCAGCAGCAUGUCGUUUGCAAGAACACCUACCCAGCCGCCCACCAGAACCCUCCCCUGCGGCAGCAGCAGCAACAGCAGCCCCCGACCCAACACCACAAUUACAACUACAUCCAAGGUUACCCCUCGCAACCGGCAACCUUAAACGGUUACGUUGGGCACUCCCAGCCCGUCAUGCACAACGCGUACCACAACGCCGCUCCUGGGUACAUGGAGCCGCCGUCAGUUCACAUGGUCAACAUGGGACCACCCCAACACGCACUCAGGUCAAACCACUACGAUAACGAGAUGUACCAACGCUACAGCAUGGGCGGCCACGGCCAAGCAAUGAUGAGACGGUAGCGAAGCGAGAAUCCCUCCUAGGGUUUUAACAUUCAUUCAGUUUUACCAAAAGAGACUAGGGAAAAAAUUAUUGAACUUUGGGGAAGAAUGCAAAAUUUAACAAGCGGUAUCUGGAGGCUGGCCGGGUGCGUGACUCAUGAUCAGAUAGUCAGGGGUUCGCAUCCAGCUGCUGAACACCUGUUGUAUCCUUGGGCAAGCCACUUUACCCCACUUGCCUCUCUCCGCCCAGGAGUAUACACCGACAUUAGCUGGGAGUAACCUGCAAUUUCGUGUCAAUGAAACCGGAGAUAAACGCUGCCCUUUACUACUACCAUCUCGAGGUUGAACUCCAAGGUUCCCAGUAACACCUCGUAAAACUUUGAGGUAAACCUUGAAUACCGCCUGUUAAAUUUUGCAUUGUCCCCCAUGGCAAGUGAGUUUUAACAACCAUUGUGAAAUGUACAAGUAUGAUUUUCCCUCAACUGCAAAAUCAGAUACCGGAAGGCCACUGCUAAGCUUACAAACUGAAGCGAUAUUUUUAUUUAAUUCAUUAGUUUUUCGGCUUCGCGAAAAAGAUACGUCUUUGCGAAAAGAUGAAAACCUUGAUCAGUGUAAGGCGUAGCCAGGGUUCCCUUCUGUGUAAAAGUAAACUGUUUUCAGAAUGUCCUUUCCUUUUUCUAGCUUUUACCAAAAAAAUUUAGAUGAGAUAAAUAUGAAUUUGAGAUUUUUUUUUUUUAAGUAGUUGCAGUUGCACACAAGUACUGAAAAAUAGUCCGUAAUAUUGUAGGUGUAACAGAUGAGAAAUUAGUUGUCUGGUUUCAAUUCAACUGUAGUAAACUAGAGGCGGAAAGAUCAUAAAAUUGGCUUCAGAUAAUUUUUAAUAGCAAUUCCAUUUUAAUAGCAUUUAGAAAAGGCCUUAAAUCCACGUAGGAUCAUUUGCAGUUACCCAGAAGAGUACCUACCGAUUUGACAACAGAAACCUAGCUCAAAGUGACGAUAGGACUGGUAUCAAAUACCCUGUGAAAUUAUUCGGCCUGAAAUGGUGUCAUUUGGGAGAAAACUAACAUUGAAGGUGGUUUCAAAAGAGCGUGCCAGCAGACACACUUUUUAACAGGUGUUAGCCAUGACAUCCAGGUUGAGACCCGCACGUGCAUACUUUUUCUCCGUUUUCUCCGUAUCCACUGAGCUGAAUCUUCGACAAGUUAGUCGCUAUACACCCUACUGAAAAUGUAGAGCAAUUUUGUUGCUUGAAACGAAAAAACAAAAUGCACAAAAAAGCAAAUGGUCCUACGUACCUUAAAAAAAUCUUGAAACAGACACAACUUAGUAUCAACUAGAUCGGGGCACAUCUUUUGAAUACAUAUAGACCGAUCUACUAAGUUCUGCACUAUGAUGUCCGACAUGUGUUCACAUAUGUCUGACAUUCAUACACAAAUGUCCGACAUGCGUGCGCGCACGUAUGACGCGCAUCUGGGACAUGCAGUGUGGGUACCAGAGAGGCGCGCGUGUUGUCGCCCUCGUGGGCAGGGGGCAAGUUCGCGCAAGAACUAUUGUGUCACCCUCAUGGGCAGGGGGCAAGUUCGCGCAAGAACUAUUGUUAACCAUAGUUCGACUAAGUUAGCCCGAACUCUGUCUAGUCGACGAUGGUUGACUACGCUAGUCGACUAUUUGGAAUCAGUCUACUCGGCCUGGUCGCAUCGCUGGUUAUCAAUAGCCUCGUUUCGUUACUUAAGUGCAGAGGGAACCAUUGACAAGAGAUUAAACGUAGGGAGUUGUACUACCCGCUGGUGGGCCUCAGAGAUAUCUUCUGGUUCAUUCAACAGAUCAAAGAACAUAAACAAUCCAGACAUAUUCGUGACCGCCAUAUGUUGACAAUGGUUCGACUAGAGUUGUUCGCACUUCAAUGUUACAACGCAUGCACACUGUUUGACACCAACCAACCAAUGGUUGACUAAUGGUUGUAGCGCGAACUUGCCUGGGGCUUGAUAGAUUGCUGUCAAAAAAGUAAUGUCGACAUUUUUUGUGAAGUUUUAACUGAUUUUUCUGUUGAAGUAUUCAGACCUUUAAUGAAGUAAGUCUCUGUGUAAAUGAUCUGAGAUGCUUCACUUCACUUACUCAGUCAAAAAAACAAACAAA